CUCCAGACUCAGCUCAAGGCUCAGAACAGCAGGAUCGAGCUCCUCUUCCAAAAGGUGGCCCAACAGCAGCACCUGGAAAAGCAGCACCUGAGAAUCCAGAACCUGCAGAGCCAGGUGGGCCUCCUGGCCCCCACGCACCUGGGCCGCGGGGUGGCCACGCCUGCCAGGAGGAAGAGGCUACCCAAGAUGUCCCAGCUUGUUGGCUCCACUCACAAUGUAACCCACCUACACAGGCUGCCCAGGGACUGCCAAGAGCUGUUUGAAGAGGGAGAACGGCAAAGUGGACUAUUCCAGAUCCAGCCUCAGGGGUCCCUGCCUUUCCUGGUGAACUGCAAGAUGACCUCAGAUGGAGGUUGGACCAUAAUUCAGAGGCGCCAGGAUGGCUCCGUGGAUUUCAAUCAGCCCUGGGAAGCCUAUAAGACUGGCUUUGGAGAUCCCCAAGGAGAGUUCUGGCUGGGCCUAGAGAAGAUGCACCUGAUCUUGGGCGACCAUGGCAGCCACCUGGCUGUGCAGCUGCAGGACUGGGAAGGCAAUGCCAAGUCGUUUCAGUUCCCCAUCCGCCUGGGUGGUGAGGACACAGCCUACAGCCUGCAGCUAACAGCACCCAUGGCCAGCGAGCUGGGUGCCACCACUGUGUCACCCAGUAGCCUCUCCCUUCCCUUCUCCACUUGGGACCAGGACCACGACCUCCGUGGGGACAAGAACUGUGCAAAGAACCUCUCUGGAGGCUGGUGGUUUGGUACUUGCAGCCACUCGAACCUUAAUGGCCAGUACUUCCACUCCAUUCCUCGGCAUCGGCAGCAGCGUAAGAAGGGCAUCUUCUGGAAGACCUGGCGGGGCCGCUACUACCCGUUGCAGGCCACCACCAUGCUGAUCCAGCCCAGAAUGGAUGAAGCAGCCUCUUAGCCUCCUUGCUGGAGCCUGGUCCCAGGCUCCUAGAGGACAGUGAUUGUGAUUCUGGCCCAGCACGUGGCCACACUCUGCCUGGGCAGGGGCUCUGGGCAGGGGCCAUUUGGAGCAAUGUGGACAGAGGAGCAGCCUAUGACUGAAGAGGCCCCCUUUCUUAGUAGGGUGGCUAUAGGUGAUAUACCCUCUGAGAACAGUACAGGGCACAGACCACAGAAGUGUGGGACCAACGGGCAUUGAGGCCUGCUCUUUGCCUACCCAAGGAGUGGGAGAUGCAAAGGGACCACUCGGGGGCAACCAGGCAGCCCUCAAUGGUAGAUUCAGUCAUGUUGACUGGCCAGCGGAUGAGGGCACCCUCACGGUGCUGUUGUAUGUGGGUGCUGUGGGACAAGCCCAUGCCACUGGUGUCUGGGUGGAGCUCACAGAAUUCUUGAAAUAAAAGCAGCUUCAGAAUAUUUUA